ACCUUUUGGAGUAAAAGAGGAAGAGGAGGCUAUCUCAAUUAAAGAGGAGGAGGAGGACGUUUUGGGAGUGAAAGAGGAGGAGACUGAAGAUCAGAUUAACCCCAGAGAGAGACACGACUAUCGUGGAUCCUCUGGGGAGCCUCAACAACAUCCUGAUGCUGACGAGUCAGAGAAGAGUCUCUACAGAUCAGAACACCAGAUGGACAAUGCUAGCACUUCCUCCCUCCCGGAGUCCCCGUGUCGUACCUCUCCCGGUAGCACCUUACUGCUGGGUAUGAAGAGGUUGUCUGUGCUGCUGGUGGACUGCAGGAAAACAACAGGGCUGAGUGGAACAGUAAGAGGUGGAGAAGAGAAGAAAGGAUCAGAUUUGACACAUCAAAGAGAGAGACCAGACUCGGAGGAACCAGAGCCAGGUAUGUCCAAACCAGCAAGACGACACCAGUGCUCCCAGUGUGGAAAGAGUUUUAACCAGAAAGGACACCUGAACCAACAUGAGAAAAUACACACAGGGGAGAAGCCUUACCACUGCUCCCAGUGUGGAACGGGUUGUAACGGGUUAAGGGACCUGAAACAACAUGAGAGGAUACACACAGGGGAGAAACCUUACCUCUGCUCCCAGUGUGGAAAUACUUUUACCCUGUUAUGUAACCUGAAAACACACGAGAUAAUACACACAGGGGAGAAGCCUUACCACUGCUCUCAGUGUGGAAAGAGUUUUAACCAGAAAGGACACCUGAAGCAACAUGGGAGAAUACACACAUGGGAGAAGCCUUACCACUGUUCCCAGUUUGGAACCGGUUGUAACCAGUUAAGGGACCUGAAAGGACCUGAGAGAUUACACAAAGGUGAGAAGCCUUACCAUUGCUCCCGGUGUGGAAAGAGUUUUACAACGAUAGGGACACUGAAAAUUCACGAGAGAAUACAUACAGGAGAAAAGCCGUACCACUGCUCCCAGUGUGGAAAGAGUUUUACAACAUUAUGGAGCCUGAAAAUACACGAGAGAAUGCAUACAGGAGAAAAGCCGUACCACUGCUCCAAGUGUGGAAAGCAUUUUGCCCACUUAAGUAAUCAGAAAAAACAUGAGGGAAUACACACAGGGGAGAAGCCUUACCGCUGCUCCCAGUGUGGAAAGAGAUUUAGCGAGUUAGGAAGCCUGAUGUCUCAUGAGCGAAUACACACAGGGGAGAAGCCUUACAAAUGCUCAGACUGUGGGAAGACAUAUUACUCAUCACGGUCACUUAAAAGACAUGUGAGAGUCCACACAGGGGAGAAAACAUGAAUUGAAUAUGGAGUAUGUCAGUUUAAAUAAAGAGUAGAUCAGAUUCCUUGUGUUUAAAUGGUCAGAUAAUCAAGUGAUAUUUGGAUGUGAUGCAUUUGCUCCAUUGUUUACAUUUGCAUUGUGGCCCACUGAUGAUUUAAUUAACUGAAAUGUAUCACUGACUCUGUAAUGUAAAUUGUUAAUUGUAUGUGUCCACAUAUCUGAGUAUGUGACUAACCUUGUGAAACUCCUAUUAUAAUCUCCUGUUCCUGGGAGUAUCGUCCUGCGUUGCAAACCAGCUGCACCUUGUCACGCCUUGGUCAUUGUAUUUUGUGUUUUUGUUAUAUGUUUGGGUAGGCCAGGGUGUGACAUGGGUUUAUAUGUUGUUUUUCGUAUUGGGGUUUGUAGUGGGAUCGCGGCUGAU